AAGCAUACAACCUAAAUUGAUUUCUUUGCCUAUUUUACUUUUUAUAAGUUCUUUUGACACAGGCCGUGUUUACGACAAAUCAAUAGUUGUUUACACUGACAAACAUGGCUUCCAAUCCUUCUCUUGUGAUGCGAGUUUUGUCCGCCUCUGUGGCAGUUUCAAAUCGCGCUGCCAACAUCAUAAGAAAUGUCCUAACUAAAGGAGAUCUGGGAAUUGUUGAAAAGGGUAAAAAUGAUCUUCAGACAGAAGCGGACAGAUCUGCCCAGAGAUGUAUUGUGGCCUCACUGCACAAACAAUUCCCAAAUGUUGCCAUAUUUGGUGAAGAGCAACUUGAUCCCCAAGAGAAGAUUCCAAAAGAUUUCAUAGAACAAGGAUUUGAUGCAGAAGUGUUGAAACACACAUGUCCAGAAUACCUCAAAGAAACCAAAGAUGAAGAUGUUGUAAUAUGGGUGGAUCCACUGGAUGGAACAGCUGAAUUCACUCAAGGCUAUCUAGACCAUGUGACAGUGUUGAUUGGUAUUAGUGUCAAAGGGAAUGCAGUGGCAGGGGUCAUACAUCAGCCCUGGUUUAACUUUGACAAACCUGGACUUCCCUUAGGCAGAUGUAUCUGGGGAGUAAUUGGAUUAGGUUCAUUUGGCUUUGAGAGAGAGACACCCCCAGCAAAUAAGAUCAUUAUAACCACCAGCAGAUCUCACUCCGACAGAAUGGUGACAGAAGCUGUGGAGUCCUGUAAUCCAGACGAGAUAGUUAGAGUAGGAGGGGCAGGUCAUAAGGUUCUUUUACUAAUUGAAGGAAAGGUACAUGCUUAUGUAUUUGCCAGCAAGGGAUGUAAGAAAUGGGACACUUGUGCCCCAGAGGCCAUUUUACAUGCUGUUGGGGGCACCCUUACAGAUUUUCACGGCAUCAGGAUGAACUACAGUGCUGAUGUCCAGAGAAAAAACACAGGGGGAGUCCUUGCCACAGUUGCUAAUCAUGAGAAGUUUUUAAGCUGCAUUCCAGAGCACAUCCGAGACUGCAUGGAUAAGAGCAGUGAGGCCCCUCCUCUAGAUUUUAAGGGGGUAGUCGUCUGUGGAGGUGCAGACUUAAAAGAGGCUAAAAAAGAUAGUGCUUCAGUUCCUGAUAAAAAUCCUGCCGCUAAUAAUGCUACAGGCUCCACUUCCAACAAUGCUGAAACAAAUCACAAAGAACCCAGUGACUCAGUGCCAAAUGAAUAUGGAAAUACCAAACUGUAGUCUAGUAUAAUAUGUUUAGUAUUUCUUAUUUAUAUAUUUUUGUUUAUAUGCAUUUUCAGCAAAUAAAAUUAGUUACUCUAAGAGCUUUUAAUGCUAAUCAAAUUUAAUUGAUUGAAUGAUGGAGUGCAAUGUAUUAUUUGGGGCAAAUGUUCGUUCUGUGUAUAUAUUGAAUCAACAUUGUAAAUAUAUAGUUAUAACAGCAUUGGUUUAGAGCAAUAUUUGUUAGUAAUUUGCUGAUUUGGUACUUCAGAGAAGUAAUAUUUGUUAUGUGUAAUCAGAGUCUAUUAGCUGCGUCUUCCUGUGUUUGUGUAAAUGUCUGCUUUGUGCAUUUUUUCUUCAUAUUCACCAUGCAUUCUACAUACUGUUUCGGAGGAAUAUAUAAGUUGUGGUGUGAAAUUUCGCUAUGCUCGUACUCUCAGUAAACCCACAAAUUUAGAUAGUGGCGAAUAUUUUUUUAAAGAGGUCAUUAUUAUUAAAUCCAACUGAUGAUUGAUCUCUGUAUGAUUUAGAUGACAAUUAAGUCUUGAAGGAAGAUUUUGUGAAAUUAUACCCUUCACAUAAUAUAUCACUAGCAUUAAUAUUAAUUCAAUGUCUACAAUACACUUCAAAUACUUUCACAAAUCAUAAAUGAAAAAAAAUGUUUAUAUUUUAGUUUGGUGCAUGAUUUAUUCAUUUUCAAGUGAAUAUAGGUGUUUUUUCUUUUACAUUUCAUUUAGGGAAAAACAAUAAAUCUGAACCAAAUUCAGAUUGUGUUUGCUCAGGCAGCGUGCAUCAUUUUGAUAAUUUCGGGUAUCUCUUUUAGAUGUCACUUGUACCUGGUACAUGUUCAUUUGAUAUUAUUUCUUGGAAUACAGAUCUUCCAUUAUUCAUCUGUCAGAUAAGAGAUUCAUUUUGGACCAGUGUGUUUUUGUUUGAGGUAAUUAAGGUUCCUGUUAGUGCCAUUAGUUAUGUACUGUGUAGACUUAGUUAAUUAUAUUGCUGUGAUGCAACUACAUGUAUUUCCUUAUUAAUUAUUGAUGUGAUACUGUUGUAUCUUUUGUGAUGUACUGUAUACAGGGUUAUUUUCGCCCCGUGUUAUUUUCGCCCUUUAGAGCUUGUAAACAAUUUUGCCCCGUUUUAAAUUCGCCCAGUCAUAGUUCUGUUUAAGAAAUUAUGAUGUGUUAUUUGAAUUCCCCCUGUUUAAAAUUCGCCCAAUCAAGGAUAGGGCGAAAGGGGCGAAAAUAAAAUGGGGGCGAAAAUUUCCCUGUAUACAGUAUUCAAUUUUCACAGUGUUUCGAUAUAUCAAAUGAAUUACUUAAUUAGAAAAUUUUUAACAUUAUAAUAUAGAGAUAAAACAUACAUGUACUUGUUUUUUUGUUUAAUUUUUGUUACAGUAUUUUUUUUUGUUCAACUGUUGUUCAUAGAGCAGAGAUAACACAUUUCUACUGAGCAUCUUUUAACUGCUGACACUAAGUUAACUUGCAUGUAUUUCCUUGUAAAAAUUGAUAAAGAAACACAGAUUAGAACCUCUACUUGAAAGUUAUCUUCGAGACAUUGAUUUAGUCCUCAACACAGUAGUCUUUUUUCCUAAAUCAUAUAGUAAAUCAAAAUUAAAAGUAGUACUAGUCAUGCAGAAAGGACCAACUCUUUCCAUCUCAGCUAGGUGCAUGUGAUGGUGUAUUAUCACUUGAAUCUGAUGUUAAAAUCAAUUCUUGUUUCCUUCUAGUAGAGAAUUAAACUUUAUCAUCUCUAACUGGAUAACAAAAAAAAUUCUUAACUUGCAUGUCUGUGAAUUCAAAUUGGAUUUUGAUGACAUCUUGUAUGAAAGCAAUUUGGUGUUGAAAAAAUUUUUGUCUCUGUAUUUUGUAUGAACUUGUAAAUAUAUGUAUUUGUUCUGUUACUGUUAGAAGAAUAAUUUUUAGGAUUAACUAAUUACAAAAUUUUGAAUUUAUACAUUUUUGGGGAGGAGGGGGUAAAUUUUCAGAAAAUUUGAUAAAUACACAGCUAUGUAAUGAAACUUGUUAAAAAUUAAAUUUUUACUUUUAGAUUAAUUAAAUUAUUUAACAGAAAA